AUGGCUGUCGACCAUGAUCUCCCCUUCUUCAUAUUCAAUCACAUAUUCUUCCCCCCAAAGCUUCCACAGCAGGCUGAAGGUAACCUCACUGAGUUGGAAAACCAUCUCACUGUGCUAGUGAGGGAUGUGCUGCAAGAGUUUGUCCAGAGUCUCAGCCCUGAGUCCCAACGGCGAUGGGGCAUAGUUUUGAGUAUGUGGGAUACCUGGACCAAGGUGCAUACCGAUCAGGGAAUUGUGCAGAUUGGGCUAGAAAAGGCUCUGUCAAAUCUCAAAUAUACCGGGGCUGUUGCGUGUCACAUCAGAGCUCAGAACUGCGGAUGGGUUGCCUCCUACGAUAUAAACAAAGACAGGGUCCUUGUGGAUGCUUUUGAGGUGUCUUGUCAGGGUGGGCCAGUGCUGUCCUCAUCUGGUGGAUUAUUGCGCCAGUUCCCCGGAGUUAGUGUCGCCAUUUCAGCAGACAAGCUCGCCGAUCCGACAUUCUGCUCUUACCUGGCCGCCGAAAUCUGUCGGCUAACAUGCGAGGAAGUGUCUGAGAUGCUACCGAAAAGCACAAAAGCUGGGACCAAAGUGGACGAAAUCCGGGAAACAACCCACCCUGGCCUCGUAACAGAAGGUUUGAUGUCACAGCUUUUGGCGCUAGGUGCGCUGCAUGAAGAAAGGAGGAUUGUAAAAUGUGUGCGUGACGAGGUCAAUUGGGAUUGUGCUUUAUUACCGUGGAGGCGUUCUCCAGCUUGGUUAGUCCUUCGAGUCGCUCUCCAGUUGGUUCUCCGCCGAUGCUUUCCCGAAACAGACAGCCGCCUUCAGUACAAGAAUUUCAUUCUUUACCUCAUGGCAACACUGGCAGGGAACCAAAGUCUGUCCAUAGGCUCCCAUGAAGUUGUCGACGGUUGCCAAAUCAUGCGUGCUCGACUGGCCCGCCGGCUCUACAAGCUGAAAGAUGAUGUCUUUCCAUUCGUUGCCAACCGGGCACAUUCCACAAGCAAGGUGCUGCUUGACAAAUUGAUGUCUAUUCAGGAGCAGAUCAAAAUAGCCAACAGUGUAGAGGUUCCGAUAAUCCCACCAUCAGCCUCAGAAGAUGAUGUCCGCCUUUCGCUGGUUCAUUGCAGAGACUACCUUCAAGCGGCAAUGCAUCCGUCGCCUGAACAGUCGAAACCCGAAAAGUUUCGUCCAACUCACGAAUCAAACUUGAACUGGGGCAAUGGUUUGCCCGUUCCAAAAUUAGGGUCAAUUAUGGCUCUCAGUGAAUUCGAGCAAUGGGUUGAUGAGCACCUGCAGUCCUGGUUCGUUAAUCAGCCCGCGUCGAAACACGAAUCAGCAUGUUGUGAAAUCGAAAGUAUCACGGCACAGUACCUUUCCAUGGCGCAGCCUAAGUACUACUCCAAUCCACAAGCCACGUCAGUUAUGAUCCUUGUGGUGUUGGAACUGUGGGUAGUGCUUGAUAAAAUGGCACUACAACUAUGUCCCCUCCUGGGGAAGUUCUCUCCAGGAAUCCCCGAGAGCUUCCUGGAACCUCUACUGCUUCCCAAGAUUGGGCAAAUGGAACGGGCAAGAGAGGUCGAGCACCACAUUGAUGUGCGACAUAAGGAAGCGCUCAAAACAAACCCUAGCAUCUUCUGUGACCCAACGAAAAAUUGCUUCGGUGUUCAGUAUUUCGACAGCUCUGCUGAGCAUCAGACACUCGAGUGCAAAAUUCAACAGGAUGCGACGCAGACUCGAGCAUUGAAACGGGUAGAAUGGGAGAUUCUAAAUGCCAAGUAUAAAAGGAUAUGCCAAAGAAGGGAUGGACUGUCACACUUUUAUGACUACAAUCGCCAUGGCGAAUACGUUCACUUUAAUCACCGAUGUGAGAAGUGUUCAUUGGACAAAGAGGCUGCGUCCAUUUCUAUACAAGUCCACGAAUGGCCUCUUCCAACAGAUCUGAAUGAACGGAAGACCGCUGUGUUUGAGCUGAAUAUUCCUAUUUGGUUUGCAUCGUGGCGCAACACUACGUGGAAGAUCCUCCACGCUGUCGGACGAAGGGGUACAGUGGUCGCUGACAACAAUGAAAUGGAAUGGCUUCAAUAUAAAGAUAUUGAAGAGUUCGCUGUGAGACGUGACUCAAACAUCAUUCUGGUCUCAAGUGCGAAAUCGUGGGGCAAAACCCACUACAGAACGCACAAGUUCCCUGUCCCAUUUGAUAAUAUUUGUAUACCGAAUGGGCUUUGCCUAAAAUUUCUCGACAAAGUCAGCUACGGCUGGGUGAGGGAGCAGACCGAGGAACCGACCAUCAAGCUCAUGUGCACUAUCCAAAUCCCUUCUGGGCCGUACUCAAACCUUCAAUACACUCUCAAUUCUACUUCACACACGCAGAACCAGGUCAUAGCAAUUCAGAAUGAUUGUGAUAAAACCCUCAGUUUGCAUGAGUUUGAAGCAUACGGAUGUCUCCGUUCUGGGGAGCACCUUCAAUGGUGCAAUAUUGCGCGAAAUCUGGCAUCCUCGGCACUACCACUGAAUAAGGAAGCCGUUGCCUCCCUUUUUAAACAAGCCGCUUGGGAGCUUGGGACACGGUCUGGGUCUGUAAGAAGAGUUGCACAUCGGGCCUUUGAGGAUAUAGGCUUUGGUGACUGUUUGCUCGACCUUCUACAGGAGAGGUUGACAACGAUCAAGAAAAACUGGAAUGAGCAUUGCACGUUCGAUCUCAUAGUGACACUUGCUCUUCGUGUUCUUACAUUGUCGAGUGGAUCGCCAUCGGUUGAGAAGGUUAUUGAAUUCCUACGACAAUGCCGACAGGUGUCGAUUGAUUGGUGCGAUGAGUUGAAUGGUGUUUCCGAUGACGAAGGGAACCACGGUGGCAGCCACCAGCAGCUCAUACUUCGUAUUGCAUCAACCUGCCAAGCUACUUAUGACGUGGAUUCUAUCCAUUUGCAUACGGCUAUCGAAACUCCCCGAGACGUCUUUUACUUUUUCCGUUCAUCUAUUCUACUCUUUGAGAACUCACCCCCGAAAACAGACAGCCCCCCACCCGAGGCAAAGCUCUUCUUAGAGAAUACGGAUCCUUCGACGAAGAUAGAGGAGAUAAAGCACUUCUUAGAGAAUGCGGAAAGGAUCCGUUCUGUGUUAAGAUCACGAAUCAGAUGCAUGAUUCUCGAUUGCCCGUCUGGAUUGAAUGAAGCAAUUCAGAGUAGCAUAACCUGUCUUGAAGUAUCCGGGCCUUGGAAGAUUUGCAGAGGGAGUGAUAUUUGGGUAACUGCAAAAACAAGGAAUAGUCUCCGAGGCUUUAAGCAACGACUCCAUUUCAAUUAUCUGACAGGUGAACUUCUGGUGGAUGGAAACCCCCCGGGAAGGUUGCCAGCCGAAUUCAUAUGCGAUCCUCUCUAUCAACGCAUUUUUGGAGCGAGAGUCCUUCCGGUGGUACCGUCGAAUUUGCCCGGCGCGUCGUUUGUCUUGUCACGCAACAUUGAGGAUCUUGAAGUUCACUUUGGGAUGCAAGAUGAAAGGCUUUCAAUAAAAACCCGCAAGGAAUCUCGGAUACUGCAACUCAUACCUCCGGAGGUCCUCGUGAAGGACUUCCCACGGGUCUUCAUCUCUGACAACUUUCAUUGGCUGGAUUUGCAGACUGGAAUGGUUGAAUUCCGCCCACUAAACCACCCAUGGAAAGCUUGCUCCCGCAAUUGGCGUUUGUCCUUCGAUCCUUAUGCGCCUAGCGUCAUGAAGCAAGAUUCCAAGACCCUAGUCGACAUACGCAGCCAGCCGUUCAAAAAGGUUUGCCGUAUCUUAAGAGUGCUUGACGCAAGUGAUGAAAUCGUUGUUACCCAAACAGCCGCCGGAACGCUAGAGGCAGAACUAAGCCGUUUACGGUUGAAAUUCUUCGUCAAUGACGAUGGGCGUGUAGCAUCGAAGGAGUUCGGUGCCCUCAUUGAUGUGGACCAAGACGUCGGCUGCUUCUAUGGACUCAGGAAUAAACUGGUCCUUGUCGAUUCCUCUAAUAACAGAUCCGUUAUUGUUCCUUAUGGACACCCGGUUGUUAAGAGAAAGGAUGACCAUAUUGCGGUUACAAUCGAUCUGCCAGCCGGAAAUCGAGAUUUUACCCCCCUGGCCAUCCUGUACCAGGCUUACUUGCACGCACUCACGUCUUCCCCCGUUGCUGAUGACUUGACCCAUCGUUCAGGUACCGAAGAGUCUUUUCGAAUUCUACGUCAAGGGUCUUUGAGAUCGUCUUUCCCCCUUCAGGAUGAUUGCAUCGAGACCUUGGAAUGGAUUGCGGCCCUCACGCCGAACCGCUGCUUUUAUCCUCGACACCUUCGUGUCAUGCAAACUGUCACAUGGUCGACUAACUUAGGCCAACUUGCCCAGCAUGACGACUUCCAACCGUUGGCACAGGACAUUCUCCAGACCUCUGUCCAAUGUGCGCAUUUCCAUGAUGCCAAACCGAGCGGAAAUAAGAUCUCUUACAGGGGACGUACGGAACUAUUACAGCGUGCCCGUUGCCGUAACGAGCAGUUGAGAAGCUCGGAAUUCAGUGAUUCUCCUACAUCGUUUACCAAGAAAGUUUACAAACCCCGCGACUGCGAUACCACAAGCGCUCGAAGCAGCGCUGUGUACAGUAUCACAGGUCUGAUUAGAGACUGGCCGUCGACAGUUGAUCAUUCAUCUUCCAUAGUGGCAACCAUGAGGCGAUUCAAAGAAGUUUCAAUGCUUUCAGAUGACUUUACGCGUUACUCUUACUCCGAGAUUCUAUCUCAGUCGGCGGAGAGCUCCUGGGUGGCUUUAUACAAAGCUUGCCAGUCGAGCUCCCGAACAAGGGACACUUACUCCUUGAUUGCCUUGUUCUCUACCUUUGCGUUUGGCGGGAAUAUUGACCAGUCGAUCCUACGCCAAUUACUUCAGGUUGCUUUCUCGGAGAAAUGUAAAGAUGUUGCGGUUCCACGCGACUCGAAAACAUCGUUAAACCUGACACUAGGGGAGGAUUUAGUCCUUAGUCAAGUUGAAGACGUAAUCAGAGAAUCUUACGAACCGUUCACCGAGACACGAAAGUCAUACCUCACACACGAAGAACAGGUCGAGAUCAACCGAAGAGCUAAACUCAAGUGGGAAGACCAAAGGAAGGAGGACGUGCAGUUAUGUGGAGAGCAUAUAAGGGAACAGUGGCCGUGCAAAGCUCCCCAGCUUCCAUCAUCCAACAUGAUUCCUCGUGUCUUCAAAACAGCGGCACAUGAAAAGUGCAAAAUACUCUGUGGCAAUUGGUUCCGAAAUAGGAAUUUCCUUGGCUUCCUACGCCAGGUACAGAGCCAAGUGCCGCCCUGCAACUCAUACAAUAGCAACGUGGAGCCUGUUCCGACCUCGCAUGAGCACUCCCAGGAGAUUGAAUACACUUCGUUUCAACCACCCCGUCUUCUUGACUUGAUCCAGAUGUCUCGUGCAAGUACCCCACUGACUGAGGUUGGUCCGGUGACGUAUCAUGCAGCUUCUUCCGUUUUGCGACCGACUCCUGAGCUCUGGGCUCUCGCAAAACAUUUUCAGGGCAGUUCAAACCAAUGCCAACAAGACUACGGAAACGGGCUAAGUGACAGCGUGCAAGCGUUGGAAGAUUUCUCAAGUUCAGUGCCUACAACUGGAAACUUUGACCUUUCUGGGUCUGUCGACUGGGCAGCAAAAAAGACUGCGCUUCUUUCACAUCAAAAGCAGAUCCAAAGGCUCAGAGACUCACUCUGGAAAGAAAUAGUCACCACCUUGACAAUUAGUGAGAAUCGAAGUCGUCCAAGCACCGACACAGUCUACCCUUCUAUCACUGUUUGGUCGGUUCUGUCCAUCUUGGCCUAUGACCAAUGGACCAACGUCCCCGCCCAAUGGAGAGCAUUGCUUGUGGCAUUUGGGAAGUCAAUAUCUGCCUUGCGCCGUUGUGGGCGGUUGAUUUCAUAUAUUGAAAAGCGUGAUAUGGAUGGGUUCCUAAAAGACGCAGAAAACCCAGGCUAUGAGGGCUGGGACCCUUUUGAUCUAUCCGACUUGGCUGCUUCUGGAAAUUGA